GAAAUAUUGGAUAAAUUCGAAAGUUCAGUGAAUCAGACACAAAAGGAGAAAUUCGAGGGCGACUUGAAGAAAGAGAUAAAAAAGUUGCAAAGAUUACGCGAUCAAAUCAAAACAUGGCUCACUGCAAACGAAGUAAAAGACAAAAGGCCCUUAUUAGAUGCACGAAAAGAUAUCGAAUACGAUAUGGAACGGUUCAAAAUUAUCGAAAAGGAAACAAAAACCAAGGCAUAUUCCAAAGAAGGCCUCUUGUCCACUGAUGCUAAAAAGGAUCCUCUUCAAAAAGAAAAAGAAGAAAUAGACGAAUGGUUGAAACAGUGCAUAUCUUCACUUAAAACACAAACAGAAAAAUACGAAUUUGAGAUUGAAAGUUUAACCAACAGCAACAAGAAAAAACGUAACGACAAGGAAACUGCGUUGGCUAUCGAGGAGAAACGGCAGCGACUAGAUUUGUGCCUUUUUCAUGUUGAAAAAUUAGAGACUAUUAUGCGGCUUCUAGAUAACGAAAAAUUGGAAUGUGCUAAGGUGCGCGCUAUCCAAGAGCCAAUUGAGUAUGUCAUCGACUGUGGGGAUGAUGCUUCCAUUCUGGAUUACAAAGAUGUAUAUGAUGAUCUCCGGCUAGACGAGAUCGGGGAUUCCUCAGGCAUUACUCCGGGUGCCGUCACCAGCCCACUGGAACAUGAUUUAAACGGCGUUGCCAAUUCCACGACAUUGGCCAAUUUCCGAAUUGGAAAGGACGACGCGGGUUCGUCCACAUCCACACACACCAGUGCAUCCAAUCACACCGAUUCAUCCGUAGCCCAUCCGAGCUCAUCCUCAUCAUCAAAUGCGUCCUCUUCAAGAGAGCGAGCAAAGAGCGAUGAGAAAGUCACACCAUUAGCUUCUGUUUCUGCCUCCUCAACGAGCACUCCCCUCAAGCCGUCUUCAGGCACUGGUAGUAGCUCGUCUGGAAAACACAAGGGGUCCAACAUAGCUAAUCAAACGGCACCUCCGGCUUUGAUGUCUCAAGUUGUUGCGGGUACACCAAAUAAGGCCAAUCGCAGUUUUGUCGGUCAAGCGGUUAAUGGCACUCCCAACUCCCCGAGCGAAACUGUUUCGGGUAAAUCACGCGGACAAACAGAAGUCGCAUCAACUACGGAAUCAUCCAGUCGCUCCCACAAAACCGAUUCCACCAGCAAGCAUAACGAACGUCACGGGCCUGCCCCUUCUCAAACCUCAUCCGAAUCACAGUGCCAACAUCCUGCACGGGUUGGUUCUGAACAGGGCACCGAUUCCAACUCCUCACCUACCGCGACUCCUAACUCCAAUACCUUAGUCUCCCCUGUGAUUGCGCCAACAAAUACUGUCUGUUUAACAACGACCUCUAGUAAUCUGGCAAUGUGUAAUAAAAUGGGGUUUGCUGCUGCUAUGUCCUCUCAGGCCCUUUCGCCAUUAACUAACGUGAGCUCCAUCAGUUCAGCGUCAGCAAUGGUCACCUCAUCGAUCUCAACCACCGGUAGUCAACCCAAAUUGGCACCUGGCCCCAAUCUCAAUGCACCGACCUCUUUAUCUGCGAAUCACAUCCCUCUCAACCUGCUACAAGCUAAUACACUAGCUGCGGGUCAAGAUCAGCACUUCCCUGGACUACUGUCCAAUACAGUACCUACAUCCUUGCAACUAGAUAGCAAAUUAUCCACAACAGUCAGUGGCAGCGGCGGNGCGGCGGCUGCCGCCGCCAGUCAGGGAUUACCGCUAUCUUCCCCGGUCAUUCCCUCGGUUACAGCUCAAGGUCAGACAGUCCACGUAACAAUGGACAAGCAGCUUCCCACCCUUCCCGGUCAGUUGCACUCACAAGUAUCCCAUCGCCCACAUUCCUAUACCCAAAUGCAUCCACGAGAUGUGGCUGCUCCUUUCCGUAACCGAAAUUUGGACACAACGAAGGGGCCCGUGCCUCCAGAGUUGCUUUUACAAAUGCAAGCACUCGAGAUCGGUUAUCGACGCCUCCCUCAUCCAUGUGACACGGAAAAAGCUCGUAUGAUUGUGUAUAAAAAUGCAGUCCCGUGCCCGGAUUAUUAUCCUCAGGAACCACUACCCGGUACGGAUACUGAGGAGUACUACAUGAAGCUAGAUGCGCAAACAUUGUUCUUCAUCUUCUAUUACUUCGAGGGGACUAAAGCUCAAUAUUUCGCUGCCAAGGCACUCAAACGCAUGUCCUGGCGAUUUCAUACCAAGUUUAUGAUGUGGUUCCAACGACACGAGGAACCGAAAGAGAUCACAGACGAAUUCGAGUCGGGUUCCUAUAUUUACUACGAUUUCAAGACAAUGAGUCAACAGAAGAAGGAUCAGUUCGUGUUCCACUACAGUUUUUUGGAGGACAAGGACUUUUAG